AUGCCGGCGCGCGGCGGGCGCGGGGUCCUGCUGGGCCUGGCGGUGGCGGCGGCGGCGGCGGCUUUGGCCGCGCGGCUCCUGGGCUGGGGGCGGCCGCGCGCCGCCGUCCGCCUUUUCCUACCGGAGGAGCUGGCCCGCUACCGGGGCGGCCCGGAAGACCCGGGCCUCUACCUGGCGUUGCUCGGCCGCGUCUACGACGUGUCUUCUGGCCGCAGGCACUACGAGCCCGGGGCUCACUACCGCGGCUUCGCAGGCCGCGACGCCUCCAGAGCGUUUGUGACUGGGGACUACUCUGAGGCAGGCCUUGUGGACGACGUGUCUGACUUGUCCCUCUCAGAGAUGCUCACGCUGCAGCACUGGCUUUCAUUCUAUGAGAAGAAGUACACGUUUGUAGGAAAGGUGAUUGGACGCUUCUACGGAGAGGACGGGCUACCCACCCCAGAGCUGACCCACGUAGAAGCCAUGAUCACCAAAGGCUUGGAGGCCAGUAAACAGGAGCGCAAAGAGAAGCAGCAGUUCCCACCGUGCAAUGCUGAGUGGAGUGCAGCCAAGGGCAGCCGCUUCUGGUGUUCCCAAAACAGCGGAGGUGUGAGCCGAGACUGGAUUGGCGUCCCCAGGAAGCUAUAUAAGCCAGGGGCCAAGGAGCCCCACUGUGUGUGUGUGAGACCAACCGGCCCCCCGAGUGAGCAGACACCCAGUGAUCCCACCCACAGAAACCAUGGGGACUUGGACCACCCUGGCCUGCAGGAGUACCCAGGUUGCCCACCUCUGGCCACCACAUGCUCCUUCCCACUCUGAAUUGGUGCCCUCUGUUGAUACCCAGCAGAACCCUGCCCCGAGAGGCACCUGGCCCCUGCUGAGAAGGACUGGUCAUUGUCUGCACAUGCGCCUCAGCCUCCUCCCCACAGAAUACUUUUCUGGUGGGCAGGGCAGGAGCCAGGCAGCGGCACUGGGCAGCGGCACUGGGCAGCGGUUCGCACUCUCCCCCUGUGGGCCUGUGCUGCCUUUCUUCAGAAGCUUGCGGACUGACCUCACUGAACAGCUGGACAACAAAAACAAAUCUCAGAGCUCCAGUAGCUGCCUUCCCCAGGGCUGGCUGCACGUGCUACUGGCCUGGGCCCUGCAAGGACAUGCAGAGCAUCGGCCAAGGAGGACCCCCAAUGGCUACCAGUGAUCCUUGGCUUUGAUGGCCUUUCUCAGGACGGUAUCUGCACCAGAGAGGCUUGGCUGCAUCUCCAGGGAGUGGCCGGCACUGGGCCCCUUGGGACGCAGUCGUGUGAGGGGAAAGGCUCAUGCUACAAUCGGAGCAUCCUGAAUGGAGCAGCCCUGUCAAGGACACUGGCCCUGUUAGGUUUUCAAUCAGAUGGGGCAUGUUUUCUAAAGGGAGAGUCCUGCAUUUUGAGCCCUGGUUGUUCUGCAGUUAUUUCAAGGUAAGCAGAGAGCACCAUGCCAAACUUGGGGUCAGGCUGCAGUGGCCAGUGCAGACAGCCCUGGUGUACGCAUGCAGAACACAUACCCAUCACCCCUGGAAUUUUUAAAAAUUACUUUUUAUUGCAAAGUCAGAUAUACAGAGAGGAAGAGGAGACAAAG